CGACACGUUCUUCUCGCGUCUUCCUGGCUGUCUCAGGGCUUCCGAACAAGUACCGUGCGGCGCGUGGGCUCUGAUGUGUCAUUGAUCUGCGGGCCGGAUGAAUGCGAUAGAGUGUCAACAAGGUGGGAGGAGGAUAGGGGAGAGAGAGGGUAAGAUUCAUAUCAUAUCAUAUGGGCAUUAUCGGAGGGUUGGAUAUGAUUUAACCUCGAUUUCUCACGGGCUGGGAUGUUCUGUGAUAGGUGGGCGCGUGACACAGACCCCCGAAAAGCGGUGUACACGUGUUCGCCCACCUUUUGUCGAGCUAUGCGACGUGUCGUCACAACACAACACACCAUCGACCAUUGCAUCAAAUUGUCUUACUCUGAUCUACUCUGAUUAUUCACUCUCUGUGCACAAGGAACAACGCGUCGGCAAGCUGAGCGUGACCUUCGCUACGAACAAGUCACGUUCUCGCUCUAUUCAAAUUUGACUAGCCGCCCAGGUUAUCCUGUCAUACACCCACGCGCCACUCCCCGACUCAGUUGAUAUAAGACUCGUCUUUAUUCCCCUCCACAAAAAUGGGUCCCACCCCAGAACAGAGCUCAGCAUCGGACGACCACGACUCAAUCUCACCCGUACACUCUGCUCAGUCAACAACGCCCCAGCAGCGCUCUCCCUCCCCAGACCCGCCAGCUCCAAAGGAGUCGACGCGCAAGAAACGACCUCCUCCUCCUCCUCCCCCUCCAGCAGCAGCAGCAGCAACAGGACCUCCACCUCCAGGUCCAUACCCAUUCCCCUACCCAGGCUUCUUCGGCUAUCCCUACGAUCCUAACAUGCCCCCUCCGAACGCCGACGGCUCCUACCCCGCCCCACCAGGGUUCAUGCCCUACGGCUAUCCACCGCCUUCUGGUGCACCUGCCCCGCCCCCGGGCGCCCAUCCGGGCGCGCCGAUGCCCCCUAUCGGGUUCUGGCAUCCUCAGUGGGGCCCACCACCGGCUUUCGCUGAUGGGAGAUGGAUGAUCCCUCCCCCGCCUACGCAGGGCAUACUCCCCUCCGACCAGGGACUCGUCGCCUACCCUCAUCCGGGGAUCGACCGGCCGCCUGCGAAGAGACGGAAGACAGAUGAGGGGGCAGAGGGAGAACCGAGAGUGACGAAGAAGAAAGUCGAGAUCGCUUGUGCCUUCUGUCGUGAGAGGAAACUUCGCUGCGACGGCGUCCGCCCUCAAUGCGGCAACUGCUCCCUACGCGAAAGAGACUGUCACUACCAGCCCGGCCCUCCGAACCGGCGCGGCCCUGGGAAGAAAAGUCGCGCUUCCCUAACAGCCGAGCAUCAGCAAGCGCUGGCGAGCGCCAACGUACUUGCGAGCUUUGGGGUUGGGCUGGAAGGGAUGAGCAUCCCCCCUCCUCCUCCUGCUGGGCUUUCUGCGACGGGAUUGCUCCAGGGAGCGCCUAAGCGAGGAGGGGCGAAGAUGGACCUGCCUAAGAAGAAGAAGGGCGAGCACCCCGCGCCCCAGCAGUAGGGCGAUGCACGUCCUGUUCCUACCAGGGAGACUCGGGGUUGAAUCUGCUUCUACUAGGCUGUGGGUGAAGUGAACGGACGCUGUAACUUGCACUGCACUCUGGUUUCAUUCUUCCUUCUUCUACUUCAUCGUUUCCAGCUGUUGUUAUUUUACGUCCAAGCUAGAGCCGACGAAUAUGGCGAAUAUGUGAUAACAAAUUUCUCUCUCUCUCUUAAUACUGAGCAUGUCGGAUGUCGGACAGUGGAGCCCUGGCGGGAGGGGUUAAUAUAUC